AUGGCGUCCUCCUUCCCCGACAGCUACAACACCUUCUCCCUGCCGGAUAUUUCACUCUCGCACCACCCCGAAUCGUCACCCACCGUGACGCCCGUCAUCAUCGUCCGCCUCAACCGGCCCGAGUCGCGCCAUGCCUACACCGACACCAUGGGCGCGUCCCUGGUCAAGGCCUACGGCCUCCUCUCCGAGGACCCGCGGGUGCGCGCCAUCGUGCUCACCUCGGCCGACGCCAGCAACAAGUUCUUCUGCGCCGGCAUGGACUUCAACGUCAAGGCGCAGCGCGUCGAGGACCCCCUGCAGUACCGCGACUCGGGCGGCACCGUGUCCAUUGCCAUGCACCGGUGCCAGAAGCCCAUCGUCGCGGCCAUCAACGGCGCGGCCGUCGGCAUCGGCAUGACCAUGACGCUGCCCGCCACGGUGCGCGUCGCCAGCAGCAAGGCCAAGUGCGGCUUCGUCUUUGCGCAGCGCGGCUUCUGCAUGGAGGCCUGCAGCAGCUUCUUCCUGCCGCGCCUCAUUGGCACCUCCAAGGCCAUGCACCUCGUCAGCACCGGCGCCGUCUACCCGGCCACGCACCGCCUCUUCGACGACCUCUUCAGCGAGGUCGUCGAGCCCGAGGCCGUGCUGCCCACCGCGCUCAAGAUUGCCGAGGGCAUGGCCCAGAACUGCAGCAUCGUCUCCACCCAGGUCAUGAAGGAGAUGAUGUACCGCGGGCCAAAGUCCCCCGAGGAGGCGCACCUGCUCGAGAGCAAAAUCUUCUACAGCCUCACGUGCCCCGACACCGACUCGGCCGAGGGCGUGCAGAGCUUCCUGCAGAAGAGGCCACCCAAGUUUACGGGUACGAUUGAGAACCAGCGGCCGUUUGGAUAUCCUUGGUGGUCGAUGCUUGACGUGCGGCCCAAGAUUUAA